GUCAGAUGUCAGCAGCAGGACUAAUGGCUAGAAUAAACAGGACAUUUGUGUUGACUCUUCUCAUCGCUGCCAGCUCCAUAUUCCUCCUCUUCCAGCUCUUCAACUACAGACAGUAUUCAUCAAAGAAUGGCCUUAACACAUUGAGUAGUAAAGGAUAUCUGUCUGGGAAAGAGGCACAUUGGCAUUUGCUGAAGAAGUUCCUGGGGCUGGUCCAUAAGUUUAAAUUGCCUGUGUUUCUGGUAGACACAGCAUCUCUGAACCUUCUGUCCCAGGAUGCAGUUCUCUACAGGGACAGUCAGCUGAAAGAGCCCCACUGCAGUUUCCUCUGCACACACAGGGACUUCACCACCUUUGCGCUGCUCGGAAACCUCUGGAAAUAUGAUGCCGCCCUAUUGGAUGCAGCAGCAGAGCGCGGUCUGGAGCUGCUGGAGAUUCAUGGGAAAGACCCCAGACUGAACAGCAUGGAUGAUCUGACAGCAAAAGAAAUACCGCUGCACUUCCUGUUUCGCUUUAACAGCCGUCUGGUUCAUGUGGUCGUUCUGUACGAGCGCAGUGGGAAGUACCUCUGGCAUGGCCCUCUCAGGCUGAAAGGCAGUACGGACAGGACCUACGCCCCUUUCGCAAAACUGGACUUUGGCCGUCAUGCUGGGGCCUAUGACAGGCCAGAGCUCAUUCUGACCACUCUUGAUGGGCUUGACGUAAGAAUCCCCAAAAACUACACUCAUUUCCUCCUUGAGCAUUCCAGCAGUCGCUUUCUGGAGUGUCGCUGCAGAGAAGCCAAGGCCUUUUACCAGGCGUAUCCAGAAGACACCUCUACAGAGGCUAUGGACUUUAGGAUGAGGGCUAAAAGUCUGCUUCAUCUUGCUUCCAAAGUCCUCUCUGUGCUCGGAGUUCCGUUCUGGCUCAGCAGUGGAACCUGUCUUGGUUGGUACAGGCAGUGUAAUAUCAUUCCCUACAGUAAGGACGUUGACCUGGGCAUUUGGAUUAAAGAUUAUAGGCAUGACUUCACUCAGGCGUUUCAGAAGGAUGGUCUUCCAGUGAAACACAAGUUUGGCAAGGUUGAGGACAGUUUGGAGCUCUCCUUUCAGGGAAAUGAUGUGAAACUGGACAUUUUCUUUUUUUAUGAUGAAGGUGACGUUGUCUGGAAUGGAGGCACACAGGCAAAGAGUGGCAGAAAAUUCAAAUAUGUGUUCCCACGAUUCAAUCUGUGUUGGACCGAGCUGAUGGAGCUAAAGGUCCGAGUUCCCUGCGAGACUGAGGAUUAUGUGAUGGCCAACUAUGGACCCAACUGGAAUGUUCCUGUGAAAACCUGGGACUGGAAGACCUCUCCGUUCAACGUACAGGAGAAUGGCGUCUGGCCUGUGAGGGAAUGGGAUGAUGUCAUCCAAGUUUACUGAAGCAUUGUGGGAGUUACAAUAUAU